GAAGAAAGAAAAUUCAUCUAUUAUACGGGAAAAUGUCACGUUGGCGUUUGUACAGAUGGCGCUGCAUGCAAACAAUUUGACAAUGGAACAUACACGUGCGUUUGUACCCACGAUUCCAGGCCCCCUAGUAUACAUGGAACUUGCAAUAGGCGAAUAGUUGAUCAAAGACCGGUACCCAUACCUGGUGUGCAACCUCCGAACUCAAUGGUUUCAAGCACUUCAUCGUCUAUAGUUAAUACCACACCCAAUUUGGAUGUAACAUCAGUCGCUGCCAUGUCUUCACCCCUGAUAAUUCUAAUAGGAUUUGUUUCUCUUACCAUGGUCGUAAUGUUCACAUUAUUUUGUGUAAUCAGAAAAAGGCGAAGAAAUGUGACAUCGGCUUCGCCCGUAAAUUUGAAGGAAAGUUUGAUUGUCAUGGAAAGGUACGCGCCGAACCCUCAGUAUUCAGCAUGUGCAGGAGCAGGGGUGCCAGUUUUACGAAAAGAAACCUUAAAGUUCCUAAAUGAAAUUGGAGAAGGAUGUUUUGGAAAAGUAUAUAAAGGAGAGCUUUUAUCCGAUCAAUACGAAAAACCUGACAUCGUAGCCAUUAAAGUCUUAAAAGAAACAGCAUCAAGAGAAGCUGAAGAGGAUUUUCUCCGGGAAGUGGAAAUAAUGAGUGCUUUUAAACAUCCAAACAUUUUAUCUCUGUUGGGAGUUGUUUUAAGAGAGGGUAACGUAAACCCAAUGAUGGUCUUUGAAUUUAUGCCGCAUGGGGAUCUCGCAGAGCUUUUGCGUUUUCAAAAGAAAACAUUAAUUGAAGAGGAUGUUCCCCAGUUAUCUGACAAACAUUUAAUUUCGAUAGCCCUCCAAAUAGCGAGAGGUAUGCGAUAUUUAGCCGCGCAGAGAUUCGUGCACAGGGAUUUGGCUUGCAGAAACUGUCUGGUGGCAGAAGGUCCGACGGUAAAAAUCGCUGACUUUGGAAUGAGUCGUGAUGUAUAUACGUGCGACUACUACAAAAUUGGAGGCUCCAGAUUACUUCCGGUACGCUGGAUGUCACCGGAAAGUGUAGUGUAUGGUAGAUUUACUCUUGAAUCCGAUAUUUGGUCUUAUGGCGUGGUAUUAUGGGAGAUUUACAGCUUCGGUAAACAACCUUACUACGGUCACUCCAACGAGGAAGUUGUGAAACUGAUUUUGGAUGGAAUCAUGCUCAUCCCUCCGGACGAUUGUCCUUCGUUGAUAUGCGAAUUGAUGAAAAACUGCUGGAAGACCGAACCCAGACACAGGAUAACGUUUCCAAACAUCUGCGAUAAACUUGAACUGACAUAUGAAAAGUAUAUCGAACGUGAAAACGAGGACAGCUUCAGAGUGGAGAACGAAGUAAAAAAGUUUAUACCAUUCACGAUAAACAGAAGCCUGCCAAGGCCGCCCAUAAAAAUGUUUAAUCAAGAACAGGAUCUUGAUGCGCAGGGCUAUUUACUACCAAGGGAACUGAUGCAGCCCAUUCACUAUUUAGAAACGCUGCCCGACUGA